CGUAAAAUAAUUUCAGUACCUCUCGGCGCUUUGGUCGGUACAGUUGGUAUUAUACUUUGAUACAGUUAAGUGAUUAAGUGUUGAGAAAUCACUUGAUUACAAUCCUUUAAAGUUAGUGUUUACAAUAAAAAAGACACGUUAUAUUAACAACUUACAAUAAUUCAAAUAAUAAAUAAAAAACAAAAACUCGUGCGUGAUAAAAAAUGGCUGAAAGUAAAGGUGCGUUAAUUGCUAAAACAGUGCAAAAACACGCUGGCAGAGCUAAAGAGAAGUUUCUUCAAAAUCUUGGCAAAGUCGACAGAACGGCAGAUGAUAUAUUUGAUGAGCACCUUCAAAACUUUACACGGCAACAAAAUGCUGCUAAUAGACUUCAGAAAGAAUUUAAUAAUUACAUCAGAUGUGUUAGGGCUGUUCAAGCAGCAUCCAAAACCCUUAUGGAUUCCCUUAAUGAGAUUUAUGAAAGUCAAUGGACAGGACACGAUUUAUUAUAUGUUCAAGCACAAAGUUUAGAUGUGCUAUGGCAAGAUUUUACUCAUAAACUUGCGGAUCAAGUUCUUGUGCCUCUUAAUACAUAUCAAUGUCAAUUUCCUGAAAUGCGGAAAAAAAUUGACAAACGUGGCCGUAAAUUGGUAGAUUACGACGGCCAAAGACACAACUUUCAAUCAUUACAAUGCAAUCCAAAGAAGCGUGACGAGACUAAAGUAAUGAAAGCUAAAGAGUUAUUAGAUGAGGCUAAGCGAACUUACGAGCAACUUAACUCUGAGCUUCAUGAUGAACUACCAGCUCUUUAUGAUUCACGUGUACUUUUCCUCGUCACCAAUUUGCAGACUCUUUUCGCAGCUGAACAAGUAUUUCAUGUGGAAAGUGCCAAGGUUUACUCAGAAUUAGAAGCGAUCGUUGAUAAACUUGCGAAUGAAAGUCAAAGAGGAUCUUAUACAUUAAAAAAGAACUCGGAACCACAAUCACCAAAAUCUCCAAACGCAAACUCAUCACUGAUAAUCAACACGCAAUCACCAUCUCAAAACAAUAUUUCACCUGCUCUCGAAGAGAAGACAAUCGAGAAACGAAAUUCCUCGCCUACAACUCAAUUGAACGGCAAUGCAAAUAGUAAUGCUAACAGCAAUGAUAAUUCAAUCAAUAAUCAAGAUGUAUCGCCACAAGAUUCAGUCGCACCCGUUAAACGGGUCGAGGAAUUGUACGAUAUACCAGUAGGAGCGACUACUGAUAACCUGCCGCCAGGAGUUUUGUACAGGGUCAAGGCUACUUACAAAUACGGACGUGAAGAUAUGGAUGAACUAUCAUUUGAUGUUGGAGAAAUUAUACAAGUUAUCGAAUAUGAUGAUCCUGAAGAACAGGAGGAAGGAUGGCUGAUGGGAGUCAAAGAAGGUACCAAUGAAAAAGGAAUGUUUCCAGCGAAUUUCACGAAGCCUCUGUGAACAUAAAUCUCAAUUUGCGACGUACACUCCAAUGCUCACAACCAGCGUAUUUAACAAUAAGGUAUAACAUGUAUUAAAAGAAAAAAAAUACUAAAAUCGUGGAUUCGAAGACGAUCGAGGACGUAAACGGAAAAUGUGUCGUUACAAAAUAAUACGAAUCCAUAAAAAAUAAAUAAAAUAAAAAGAAAUGUUAGUUAUAAAGAGAAUUGAUAACGAGGAUCAACUAAAGUUUUAAUUGAAAUGCAAAGGAGAGGAUUAUUUGCUGGAGGCUGCUUACUGCGGAUCGUAAAAGAUUAAUCAGUCGCAAAGUGCCUUAAAAAUCCAGCCCAAUAUCUGUGCCAACAAUCACUGCUUGUAUGGAAAUAAUUAUCAUCCUCUCAUAUUAUAUAUACAUAUAUAAAUAUAUACAUCACCGAUAAUCAAAUAAAAUUUUUGGUAUAUUUGAUUUUAAUUUUAUAUUAUAAAUACAAUUGAUUUAGAAAACUAUAAAAUUUUAAAUGGAGUUGUAUGAAAGAGCGAGCGAACGAAUUAUAUAUUAAGUCUUUCAUAGCUAAUUAUCUAUUAUAAUUAAUUAACACGCGGGGAAAUAUUUGUAUUUAUAAAUACUAUCAAUGGAUUUAAAGAGUAUUAUUUAUGUGUUUACACUGAAAAAAAUUUCGGAGAAAAUCCGGAUCAAAUUCGUUGUGAACACGGAGCGGAUUACUUUUUUUUUUAUCCCCUUGGAGUAAAAUUUAUUAGUGGGGGAGUUUAUUUUAAUAUUCAAAGUCUGGAUCGGAGUAAAUACGGAUUUAAAUAAAAUCAAGAUUACUCCGAUAAAAAAAAAACAAACUCCCAAUUGACUCCGUAUGCAAAGUGAUUUUUUUUUAACUCCGGAACUUAAGUGAUUUGUAAUUACUCCGAAUUUUCGAAAGUGUAUCAUUAUUAUAAUUAAUAUUUUGUUUUUUAAUAAUUUUUUUAUCUAAUUAAAAAUGUUUAGUUAUUUUGUAAUUUUUAUUAAAUAAAGUUUUUGAUCAAUGAGAUAAUUUCCCCUAGUGUCGGUUCAAAUUAGAUAUGAAAGAUUUUUUUUCAACCAGCCAAAAUAUUAUUAAAAUAUACUUACAUAUUAAAUAAAAUAUUAUUUUAUGAGAUUGUACAUAGAAUUAUGAAUUUUAGGACUAUUUUAUAAAAUAUCAAUGAGGCCAAGAUUUAGAAAAAAUUUAUUAAUUGCCAAUAAAACUUAAGUUGUAUUGUCGUGAUUAAUUAGACGAAAUGAAAAGUAUCUGAGUCGCCUUUUCAAUAAUUGUGCAGCCAAAUUUAUCAUGGUCCAAUUUAUCAAGUAAUAAAAUAUAAAAUAAAUAUACACUGUAUUUAUUUAGUAGAAUAUGAAAGAAAGUUAAAUAUUUAAUGAACAAAAGAAAAAUUUCGUCACUAUUCAAAUGGUAUUUUGUUAUUUAAACUUUUAAAAAAUCUGUUAUUUACUUUGUUUAAUAUUUAGUUGUUCUCAAAAUUAUUUAAAAAAUAUCUUGGAUAAUUUUUCAAAAUAUCGAACAAUAAAAUGAUCAACUAUUAAGUGUAGAAAAAAAUUCACAACAAAAAGAUUCAAAAAAAGUUCGAUAUGUAGAAUUUUUUGACUUGAGACAAGUUCAGAAAUUCCACGUGGAAAUUUCUUGAAAUUUUUUGUAAAGAAUUUUUUUUACACAAAUUUAUACUUAUAUUUUAUUGAAGUUAAAAAAAACGACAUGAAUAAUUUUUUAAAUUAAAAUUAAGUUUUCUACUACAAAUUCUUGAUAAUAUACUUUUAAAAUAUGAGAAUAAAAACUAAUUAAUCGUUUCAAUAAAAUAUAUAUUUUUCAAUUAUACUAAAAAAAUAAUUUAUGCUCAGUUUUAAAUAUUAUAUAAUUUGAUAAAAAAAAAUAAUACUAUUACUAAAACGAUUAAUUAAAUUUACUAAUAAAUUUAUUUUUCAUUCUGUAAAUAAAGAAUGAGGAGGUAAAAAUAUAUGACUAUGAAUUGAGCUUUCGACAAUGGAAUUAUUAUUUAAAUAACUAAUGCGAUAUAGGUAUUAAUAAAACAAGUAAUAAGUAAUAAUAUGAAUUGAACAGACAGCGGUCCAAGAAAAAAAAAACAAAAUUAAGAAAUUAAAGUGUAAAUUGUAACCAUUGAAACAAAUACUCUAAAAAAUCGAUCUGUUGUAACUAAUAGUAAUAUAAAAAAGUAAUAAAAUAAAAUAUUAAAUAGUAAAUAAAUUUAUAAAAAAAAAAUUCUAGAUUGUAAUACUUACAAUGCUUCGACAUAACCGUGUGUCUAAUAAUAAUCUAUUGAUUUGGGAAGACCGAAGUUACAGAUAAUAGAUCGUGUUUUAUCCCCGUAAAAGAAAGUUGGUAACAAAGUUGUGAAAAAGUGCUGACUAUUCUAAACUUCAAAAUGUGAGACGACGAACUUUAUUAAAACUUUUAGACAUUUAAUGGAAAAAUCAAUGACAGAUUUACUACUAUUAAAAUAUAGUAAAAAAAAAAGACAAAAAUAGUUCAAAAUCAUAUUUUUAUGUACCCAAAAAUCGUAAUAUUUUUCCGGAUGAAAAUAAACCCGGUUUGAAAAACUGGACCUAAAUCAAUUUUUUUUUUCUUUGUAUUUUUAAAAGUUCAAAAAAAGUCCGCCGCUGUGUCACAUUUUGAAGUUUUAAAUAUUCAGGUUUUUUUUAAAUAAUUUUUUUUCGCGGGUUAAUUUUUUUUUCCUUUUUUUAAGUUGAAAAAAAAAAAUUGUUUAUAGUUAAUAAAAUCUGUUGUUACACUACAUUAGUAUGUAUAAUAAUUUAUUUUAGUUUAAUUUUUAAAAUUUCGAGUGACGGUGCUGUAACUAGUCGAUUUGAAAUUAAUAUAAAAUAAAUUAAUUUAUGAAAUACUAAAAAUUAAAAGAAAUGAAAUAUAUGAAUAAUUUAUUAAAUGAUUAUCUAUCAAUGAAAUAUUAUGAUGUAGUGUAUCAAUGGGACAAUUUAUUGUUAUUUCAUUUGUCAUUUUUAUGUCACGUUGUUUAAUUUUAUUUAAGAGAGCCAU